AUGCUUGAUACAAACAAUCUGCUUCGUGCUCAACGUAUAGAGCUUAAUGAGCUAUCUGAUAACUGGUUCAAUGAAUGCUACGUUCCCAGAAAAUAUCAAUCUUUUUCCUCAAUUUUCCAGUUCAAUAUGAACUCAAACGCCAGGUACUUUCCAACAACGACCAACGAGGCGAAGUCAUUUGAUUAUAGCCCAUUUGGAGCAAGGAAAGCACGCUUUUUGCAAAAAUCAAAAUCCUUGGAGCAAUUCGAUAGAGUAAAUCAGAGGCAUCCAGAGGACCACGCGACAGAGGCUGUUACGAAUAUGACGUCUUUUGAACCUAGAUCUUCAUUCUCCGACGACUACCAUCAUGACAUGCUUACAACAAUUUCAUGCCAACCGGGUAACCAGCAAAUAUUCGUUGAUAAUUUAGCCCUCCUGAAGCCUCUCAAACUGACGUUGUCCGAGCUUUCCGCAGACCAUCCCAAGCUUACAGCUGCUCUGCUUCGAAAAUAUCAUACUGCUACAAUGCCACCUAGGUUUCACUCCACAUUUGAUACGAUUUCUGAAAAACAGCAUACGGAGGAUGUUCACGAUUAUUGGUUUUACUCGGAGAAUGACCCCAACUCAAGGUAUCUUAUGGCAACCGAAGAAUAUAUAAGGUAA